UGCUUCUCUCUACUCUCUGUCUCUCUUUGGUCCAAGCCCGGGUGUGCUGCAGGGGUUGUGUAAGCUCUGGUUCAGGAGUGAGAUGGAGCUUGGACUGAGACUAGGGGAGGCGCCGGAGAAGGGGGGAAGGGGACUGGGGUUGAUGCUUGGGAUGCGACUGGUGGUUGGGCGUGGCGGAAAGGACGAGGAUGAGGAGCGAAGAGUGGAAGAAGAGGAAGAAGAAGAGACGGAAGAGGGAAGGGGCUUGGCGGAGGCGCCGCUGCAGCUUAGCCUCCUUCCCCUCUUGCCUGUCCCUCCGCAGCAGCCUUCUUCCCCACAGCUCCGGUUACCAUGGACGACGGAGACCAAAAAUUUGGAUGCCUCGAUGCGGGGGUUCGAUAUGAAUCAUGCGCCAUCGGCAGUGGCGGCGGACGAAGCGGCGUCGUCGUCGUCAUCACCGAAGAGUAUUCCGUCCUCCUUCCAGAUGGACUUCUCUGCCCAAAGAGGCGGCGACGAGCCGGGUGGAGGAGGAGAAGCGACGGCGGUGGAGAUUGGGUCGUUGAGGGUGAGCGACGAAGAGGAGAACGGGCUGGGGAGGAAGAAGCUCCGACUCACCAAGGAGCAGUCCGCCUUCCUCGAGGAGAGCUUCAAGGAGCACAACACCCUCAACCCGAAACAGAAGCUUGCUCUGGCCAAGCAGCUCAACCUGCGGCCACGACAGGUGGAAGUCUGGUUUCAGAACAGAAGAGCCAGGACAAAGCUGAAGCAGACGGAGGUGGACUGCGAGUACCUGAGGCGCUGCUGCCAGACGCUGACGGAGGAGAACCGCCGCCUCCAGAAGGAGGUAGCGGAGCUGCGGGCCCUCAAGACCUCCCGUCCUUUCUACAUGCACGUCCCAGCUACCACCCUCUCCAUGUGCCCCGCCUGCGAGCGCGUCGCUUCCACCACCACCAUCCCCACCGCUCCGGCUACGCCCAGCGCAGACCACCGGCCAAACUCCUUCGCCGCCCUCUUCUCGAAACCCGUAGCCCUGCAGUCGGGCUCCCGUACUGCUCCUUCGGCGCCUCGCCUGCCGUCGCCGGCCUCCUGAGGGCUGUGGCUGGCCAUUGAUAUUGUCCUUUUGGCAAAUCUUUUUGAGCUUGAAGGGAUUUUGUGGUUUCUCUUCAUUAUUUUUUUAGAGGAAGGAAAAUUGAUCUUAGUGACGAGUGUUGACAGAUUCUGCAUAAUCUUAAUUAGAUAUUGGUACAGUUUAAUCAGCUCCAGAUUCCUUUGGUAACUUUAGGCUUUAAUGUCUAUGGUUAUCUUAUUGUUCUGUCCAUCUUUCGUCGGAACACAUAAAGACGCUGUCACAGAGAAGUAUGGACGAUAUAGUGAGGAGCAAGAAAGAUCUGUUGCAGACAUCAUCAAACCAAACUCAUCUUCGUACUUCUGCUGCUUGCUGAUCCUGAACUCAACAAACUCCGCUGGUCUUCUUCUGAUCCACACGGCCCCUCCGGUGUCCGUAGAUCUCCUGCUGCUGCGUCGUCUCUCCGACGCUCUUCCUGUAGACAACCACGCCCCCAGGUUUAUCCUCAGCCUUGACCUCGGCGACUAUUGCCGUCCGCGCCCACCGGCCGUCCAAAUCCGCCACGGCCUUCCGGAUGUCCGACACAAGCCGCUCGGCGAGGCUCCUGCUGAAGUCCUCCCUGAUCACCACCCUGAGCACCGCCAUAUGUUCCGCGUCGGCCGGCAUGGUGUACGCCGGGACGAUCCAUCCGAACCGCCUUAAGCUUUCCGACACGUCGAAGACGGUGUACCUGCUGCUGUCCCUGAGCGAGAAUGCAACGAGCGGCACGCCGACGUCGCCGGACACCAUCUCGAACCUUCCGGUCGCCUGGAUGCCUUCCUUCAAUGCCUUUGCAUUCUCCAUGCAGUUCUCCAUGAUGCUCCUGUAACCCUGCACGUCACUUGGUACAUGAGAUGGUCUCCACCUUUCCACCACGCCCAUCAGUAACCUUCAUGACAUAAUGGGAAAGAAAGGCGAAGAGGAAGAAGACACCUCAAAGCCGAGGCGUAUGAACUGGUAGUACUGUGCUAUUAUCUGACUUGAACCUGCAAGCAGAGAGAAGAUGAAGCAAUUACCAUAGCCAGAACUCGCUGCACUGGAAAUCUCAUUCAAUACCUUUAGAGAAGUUGAGAGUGAAGGUGGGUUGGUCUGAGCCAAGAUAGUUGACAUGGAAGAUGAGUUCUUCAGGCAGAUCCUCUUUGUUCCUCCACACGAUCCAACCUACGCCUGCAUAAACCAAUCCAUAUUUGUGGCCACUGACAUUUAUGCUCUUCACCAAUGGCAACCUGAAAUCCCACUCCAGAUCUGGGUAGAGGAAAGGUGCCACGAAUCCACCACUCGCAGCAUCAACAUGAAUGGGGGUGCUCCAUCUGCAUGCCACAACCAUGAAGUUUUUUCGUCGCACUUUGUGACCAGUGAGACCGAGUUCACUUACCCGGUUUCCCUGUUCUUCUCUGUCAGGAGGUGAUUUAGAAGCUUAAUGUCUUCAAACUCUCCGGUGAGAGUUGAACCCAA